GUGAUCUUUUGCUGACUGUCAUUGUCUCCGACUGGAAAUAACUGAUGAAUGAUGACCUUAUACAAGAGACAUUUGGUGAGGAUUCUCUGUGAGACAGACCUGCUGGAAAUCAGCCUCGUCAAGGAUGCUCGUACGGGAAAGUAUGCAAGGAAUCCCAAGGAUGCCAAGCUCCGAGAGUUGUUGGAUGUUGGAAAUCAAGGAAGUCGCCUGGAGAGCAGGAUGGUCACCGUGGUUUAUGGACCGGAUUUGGUCAAUAUUUCCUAUCUCAACUUCAUGGCCUUCCAGGAAGACAUUGCAAAGGAAUGGACUGAUGCAUUAUUCAGCCUGGCCACUAACCUGCUAGCACAGAACAGAUCAAGAGACACUCUGUUGCACAAAGUACUUGUUGUAACAAAAUGUUCAGACUCUCAGAAUCACGAGCUGUGGCAGGAUAGAAGAUUUCAAAAAAAAUGUGGAGGACAAUUUGUUCCCAUCAGAGGCACUGAACUAGUUAUGUUAAUUCAGUUUGGAAUGUCUGUGCCCUUUGAAGUAACAGAGAGAGAAAAAAGGAAAAUGCUGAAGGGAGAUGAUGAAAAAAAAGUUCAGUUUAAUGACUCCAUUCCGCAAGAAAGUUUCACAACUGAAGUAUUCCAAGCUUUCUUGAAUAACAUCUGUCCUCGGCCUGAAAUUGACGUCAUUUUCUCGGAAUACGGUGCAAAGAACAUGGCAUAUCUAACGGUAGACCAGAUGACAGAGUUCAUCAAUUCCAAGCAGAGAGACCCACGUUUGAAUGAGAUCCUGUACCCUCCAGUGAAACCGGAACAAGUGCAGCUGCUCAUUGAGAAAUACGAACCGAACUCCACACUUGCGAAGAGAGGACACAUAUCCAUCGAUGGGUUUAAGAAGUACUUGAGUGGCGAUGAGAAUGGAGUCAUUCCACCGGAGAAGUUGGAUCUGAAUGAAGAUAUGACUCAACCCUUGUCACACUAUUUCAUCAACUCAUCACAUAACACCUACCUCACAGCCGGGCAGCUUGCUGGAAACUCUUCCGUGGAGAUGUACCGUCAGGUCCUACUGGCGGGGUGUCGGUGUGUGGAGCUGGACUGCUGGAAGGGCCGGUCAACAGAGGAGGAGCCGGUCAUCACUCACGGAUUUACCAUGACAACCGAAAUAUGUUUCAAGGAAGUAAUUGAAGCUAUCGCUGAGUGUGCUUUUAAGACCUCUCCUUAUCCUGUGAUCCUCUCAUUCGAAAACCAUGUUGAUUCUCCGAAACAACAGGCUAAAAUGGCAGAAUACUGCAGGUCGAUAUUUGGAGAUGCUUUACUGAUGGAAGACCUGGAAAAAUACCCGCUCGAGGCUGGAGUGCCCCUUCCAAGCCCCCACGACAUGAUGGGCAAAAUUCUCAUCAAGAACAAGAAGAAAGGACACAAACCGUCUGAUGGAAGUGCCAAGAAAAAGCUCAGUGAGCAGGCGUCAAACACACACAGUGACUCCUCAAGUGUCUUCGAGCCCUCAUCUCCAGGAGCAGGUGAUGGAGAAGCAGAAAGUGAAGAGGAAGAAGACGAUGAUGAAGAUUCCAAGAAAUCCUCAAUGGAUGAGGGGACCGCUGGAUGUGAAGCGAAUGCCACAGAGGAAAUGUCCAACCUGGUUACCUACAUACAGCCGGUGAAGUUUGAGUCCUUUGAGGUGGCUAAGAAGAACAACAAGAGUUUCGAGAUGUCGUCCUUUGUGGAGACCAAGGCUCUGGAGCAGCUGACUAAAUCUCCUGUUGAGUUUGUGGAGUACAACAAGAGGCAGCUGAGCCGCAUUUAUCCAAAGGGAACACGAGUGGAUUCCUCAAACUACAUGCCUCAGGUAUUUUGGAAUGCCGGAUGUCACCUGGUAGCUCUGAACUUCCAGACGUUGGAUCUGGCUAUGCAACUGAACAUGGGGAUGUUUGAACACAAUGGGAAAAGUGGCUUCCGCCUGAAACCAGAGUUCAUGAGACGGACAGACAAGCACUUUGACCCCUUCACUGAGACCACUGUGGAUGGGAUUGUGGCCAACACCCUGUCAGUAAAGGUGCUCUCGGGUCAAUUUCUAUCCGACAAGAAAGUUGGGACUUACGUGGAGAUAGACAUGUUUGGUCUUCCAGUGGAUACUAGACGAAAGGCUUUCAAAACAAAAACGUCACAAAACAACGCGGUAAAUCCAAUCUGGGAAGAUGACGCAAUUGUGUUUAAAAAGGUUGUGCUACCAUCUCUGUCAUCAUUACGGAUAUCUGUCUAUGAGGAAGGAGGGAAAUUUAUAGGCCAUCGUAUACUGCCUGUACAAGCUGUUCGACCAGGUUAUCACUAUAUCUGUCUAAGGAAUGAACGGAACCAGCCAUUGAUGCUACCAACCCUCUUUGUAUACAUAGAAGUUAAAGACUAUGUCCCUGAUACAUUUGCAGAUGUGAUUGAAGCAUUGUCUAAUCCUAUUAAAUAUGUGAAUCUGAUGGAGCAAAGAGCUCAACAGCUGGCAGCACUAACUCUGGAAGAUGAGGAAGAAGAAAAGAAAGAUGUGGAACCCGGUGACAUUCCCACAGAGCCUAACAAUGAUCCCAAGACAGCUCCAGCAGAGAAUGGUGUCAGUCACACAUCCAGUCAAACAUCCAAACCCUCAACACAAGUCACCCAUGUUCAGCCUGCACCAGCUGCAGUCAAAACAGCUGGUAAGGCAGAAGAUCUCAUUCACAGUAUACUGUCAGAGGUGGAAGCCCAGACCGUGGAAGAGCUAAGGCAGCAAAAAGCAUUUGUGAAACUUCAGAAGAAGCACUACAAAGAAAUGAAGGAACUGGUGAAGAAACACCACAAGAAAACCACUGACUUGAUCAAAGAACACACGGCGAAAUCCAGUGAGUUUCAGAGCGAUUAUUUAAGGCGCAGGGUACUUUUGGAAAAAUCAGCAAAGAGAGAUAGUAAGAAGAGUGACGGUGGCCGUGAGAACCAAUUGUUAUAUAUUUCCAAGGCGAGUGGCUCAGAGGGGAACCUGCAGCUGGCGGUGUUCCCACUCGUGCAAAAGCUGACAGAAGUAGCUGAGGAAUGCCAAGCCAACCAGUUGAAGAAACUGAAGGAGCUCUGUGAAAAGGAGAAGAAGGAACUGAAGAAGAAAAUGGACAAAAAGCGUCAGGAGAAGAUCACUGAGGCGAAGUCGAAAGACAAGAAUCAGAUGGAAGAGGAGAAGACUGAAAUCAUCCGAACUUACAUUCACGAAGUCGUGCAGUCAAUUAAAAGGUUGGAAGAUGCGCAGAGCAAAAGGCAAGAGAAGUUGGUGGACAAACACAAAGAGAUGCAGCAGCAAAUUCUGGAUGAGAAACCUAAGUUGCAGAGUGAUCUCGAUCAAGAAUACCAGGACAAGUUUAAGAGGCUGCCACUGGAAAUCCAAGAAUUUGUACAGGACACACUGAAAGGGAAGUUCACUGACGAUGGAGAUCACAGUGCUCCACCUCCCUCCCUCAUUCCAGAUAACGGGAAAUUGAAUCACAAAACAUGUUCCAACGAAGACGACUUAGAAGAUGAUAAAUCGGAUAAAGUCUUCGAUACUUCGCUUUGAUGUGGUCUUUUUAAACUGUGUAAACUCAUGACUUUUUUGUUUGCAGGUGGAGGAGGCAGUGAGGUAUGUGAGCAGGUGAAUAACUGCUUGAAUACCAGUCUGUGCUCUGGAAGACUUAUUCAAGCAUACAGUGCAGUGUCAGGGUCAUGUGUGUGUGUGUGUGUACAUUCUGUUCAAGUGCCAGUGCAAAACUAAUUGUACAAUGCCGCACGUUACAUUUUUAAAAAAGAAAAUCAGAGGCACUUAAGACCUAUAAUGCAUAAUUGGCCAACCUUGACAACCCACAUAUCCGUAACAUUGCAUGUUUGCAUCAUGUUGUAAGAAACCUUUGCUUCAGUCACAAGCACAGGUUUCCCAUUGUCUUUGCUUUAUACAUAAGUACACUUGCCAAACGAAUUGUACAUUGCUAGUUACUUUUAAUGUCAGCAUUGCUGAGUUAAGAAUGUUGCUUAUUAUAAUGGGAGUUUCGGUUGUGCGAUUCUAAAACUUUCUGUAUAGCUUUGUCCAGUAUAUUUAAAGGGAAAUAUGUUUCAGGGAUGCAUGCAUGAUGGAAGUAUUAUGGUUAUCACUGUGGAUACCUUAAAAUGUGACUGUUAGGAGACAGUUUUGUUGUGGAGUUUGUGCUGUGAUGUACUUCAACGUAGCUUUACAGGGUAAAAUAGAAAAAUGUCUUUGACUUGUGUGUACAAAGUAGAGUUACAUUGAUAUCACAGAUUUUCUAAACCGGGAUUGUCAUUACAAGUUAAUGUGGGUGACGUAAUGGAAAGUCCUUAUAUCUGACUGCACAAUCAAAAUAUUGUAACUUGCUUACAUCUGAAUCAUUUGUAAAAUUUGUUUUGUACAAUACCAGUGGUUGUAAAUAUCCUGAAAUGAAGGGGAGAAAAAAAAAGAUGCAGGCAAGUCAUUGUAUUAAUGUGUUUGAAUGCACUUUCUGAAUGAAAUUUUAAUUUCAAAAUUAAACACUGAAUAAUGCGAUAAAGCUGACGAUUAGUCAUCACUGGUAACUCUGCAGGAUAGUCACUGAAACAUUUUGUGCAACCUGAAUUCUUUGGUCUUUUGCACGAUUCACUCUCUGCAAAACAUGAAACACACAACUAAUACAGGUUUUGCAGCCGUUAAAUGGACAGGAACAGUAGUUUCAGAUUUAAGGGACUAUAUUAUUGUAAAAAUAUUUCAAUGUCAUUUUGGCUGCUCAAACUAUGAAAUACAUGGAUCUGUAUUUCUGCUACAUUCGGUAUGUGUAAUUAUUCUGAGUGAAAACAUUUCAUUGCCAUCAUUUGGUGCAGUAUUUGUCUAAUAAUGGUGUUUCAGUAAAACGUUCUCUUUAUUUUUAUACGAUUUAACGUGUUACUGUAAUGAAAUCCCUAUCACCAAGAGUCUGGCUUUUUAAAUGCUCAGCAUUAAUGAUGAGGUGUCUUUUUCUAAACUUCAUUUUAACAGUGACAGAUUAUCCCAAAAACAGAAAAUCAUGGUUUUAUUCUGUCUUGAUCACCCCCUAUAGUCUUCAAUGGUUAUAACGGAAGUAUGUGUGUCUAUAUAUGUAUAUAUCUAUAUACACAUAUAUAUAUGUACACAUAUAUAUGAAACAUACACAUACAUACACACACUAUAUUUGUUGUUUAAUGUUACUUGGAUUAGAUUAGUUGAAUCUAACAGACGGGGUCUAUAUGAUGUGAGAGUCUUGUGCCUUUAAAGUAUUUGCCUUGUUCUGUAUCUAAGUGGAAUAUUCAAAGUACUUACUGUGGAAAUCUGUAUUUAUGGGCUGUUCUGUACUGAACUAGACUUUAUGUGCACUUCAUUUAACAACUGCAAACACUACAGCUUGUGUUCAGCAUUAAAUGCGGGUCAUUCUUGGAUUAGGACGUUUAACAGUAUUUCACAAACUUCAGCUUUGGGCCAGACAAAUAAUGAAAUCUGUGGUAAUAGUGAGUGAAGCAUAAUUCUGUUUAUCUCACUGAUCAUAUGAAGUGGAUGGUCUGUGCACUAAUAUUGCUCAAAUGUUUUGACAUAAAGUUAACUGUAGAAUAACAAAAUAAACAAAGAGAGCACUUCACGUGAUAAGGGUGUAAAUAAUAUUGUCUUUAACAAUGAUAAUUUGUUCCGAGAAGCUUAUUCAAAUUUUGUAUGAAUUCUAUGCAAUUUUCUGGCAUGAUGUUUCUUCCACUAAUAAUUUUAUGUGCAUUCGU